CUCUUCUCUCUUUUAAAUUUCGAAAAACGUUUACCUCACUCCUUAUGCUCUCAACUCAAACAUAAUAGCUAGGGUUUCAUCGUUGCUGCUAUGCUCCCUGUUUAACUUCAAAUUCGUCGAUCUUCUUCACCGGACGAUGGGCUGCUUCUUCGGCUGUUUUCGCGUCAGAGACGACCGUCGCCCUCCGAUUCAUCUCCUCUCUCAACCGGUUACUUCAAACGCAAAGGAUCCUGUUGUAAAUUCAGCUAGAAAUCCUUUAUCGACGUUGCUGUUUUUGGACGCUGAAGAUAGAGAUCGAUCCUCACCGAAAUAUGGGAGGAACGGCGGUACAGGAUCCGGCGAUUCUGAUAUUAAUUUGCAUGAGCUGAAGGCUGAGGCUAAAUUUCUUAAAAAUUGUGGCACUUUACCACAGACUCCAGCUGAGAUUCGGAACAAUAAGAAACUGACAAAUUCAAAGCCUCAAAAUGGAGAUACAGAAUCUACAACAUUUCAUUCAUGGCUUCAAAAUGCGAGUAUUGAAAAGGUCAAACCAGAAAAACAACCUGGUGUGCAAUAUUCUCCGGUCAAACUCUUUGACAAAUGGGAGAACAGAUCAGAUAGUUCAUCACAUUCACCAGACAGUUGUGUGACAGGGCACACUUCAGAGAGGCUCAACUCAAGCUCAGCUGAAGGAGGUGGAGUUAAACAAGAUUUAGAAAAAGCUUACAUCCAUGCUGAUCUGGCACAGCACAGAAACAAAUCUGUCCGAUUCGAUUGUGAAACUGACGCAUCUCCAUUUUCGUUAAAGAAUUCUUCAUCUGAAGUUACUAGCCAAGAACCAAAAUCAGCCGGAUAUCCAAGUGAUUACAGUGUUUCAAAACCUUCACCUUACCCGACCCCUCUAAAUUUAACCAAUGACAUGCAGACACCUGGCACUGUUUUCCCUUCAUAUUUACACAACAAAGAAUUUGAAAAGAAUCCACGGAUCAGAUCUCAUAACGUGUCCCCAGUGCUCACUCCUGUUGAAAAUGCCGCACAAUUGAAAAAACUAGUGGAAGAAAGUUUUAGUUCUGAUUACUAUUCUCAAUCUGAAGAACAUCUUGAAAAAGGAGGAAAUACAGCUGGCGAAGAGUUGAAUGUGGAUACAAGUUUGUCAUCAUGGUUGCCACCUAAGCAGAAGACCCAUCAAGCCGUCAACAACCGUUCGUUUACCGCCAAAACUCCGGUGGAUAGGCCUAUACUUGGAAUGGUUGCAGCUCACUGGAAUGCUGAUGAAGUUGUUGAUCCUCCAGCUCCACCUAAGUGGUGGGACGGGAAUGGAAUCCCUAAUUCAACUAACAAAUACAAAGAGGACCAGAAAGUUAGUUGGCACGCUACACCAUUUGAGGAAAGAUUAGAGAAGGCUUUAUCUGAGGAUAGACUUAUUGCUGAGAGGAAGCAACUCGGAACGAGACCACUGCGAGCUGUAGACUUGAAUGAAAAAGAGGAACAUGAAGCUUCAAGCCAUUUUGAAUCUGGGUUAAUCUUGAGUGCAUGAAGAUUAAGAUGUGAGUACUUAUUGAGAUUUUCAGAAAAUAAUGCCUUAUCAACUAUAUGGAUUGUUUUGGAGUGAUGGAUUGUUUAAACUCUCGUACUUGGUUUUUGUACGACCAAGAAAUGUUAUUGUCUGUAAGAGUAAUUGGUUUUAGACAAAUAAUGUAAAUAUAAAACCAAAACAGACCAGAUCACUUGCAGUUGGAGUUGGUUGUAAUGGAGCAUCACUGCAUCAGUGUGUUUUUGUGUAAUCUAAAUAUAACGUUAACAUUA